AUGGCAUCCAGUAUUCUCCCAGAAAUGACGUUGCCAUCAUUAAAAGUGAAAAUAAAUGGAAUGCUCCGAACAGCAUUAAUUGAUUCUGGAUGCUCCAUUACUGUGAUUCUUGCUAAAUCCACGCAUGGUCUUGUUUUAAAAAGUCAAAAACUUAUCACAACUUUGGGAGGAGCUGUGCAUGUGCUGGCGAAGCAUCUGCAUAAAUUCGGGUUACAAUGUAAACCUCCACAAAAUCUUGAACAAGAACGUGUCUUAGGAUUGAGAGUCAAAAGAAAUAAAAAUGGGGAACCGAUAUGGAAACGAGACAAUGUGGUACAAUUUGAACCUUUAAAUGCAGUCACAAGAUCGCAGCUUUUUAGCAAGUUAGGUAAACUCAUUGGACAUUACCCAGUGGCAGGAAGUUUGCGCUUACAAGCUUCAUACAUCAAACGUUUAGCUGGAAAUAUACCUUGGUGUGAUUUUAUUUCAGAAGAUUGUAAAAAAAAACUGAAGGAUUUGCUUCACCGUGUGGAAAAGGAGGAUCCGGUUGGUGGAAAAUGGUUGGUACCAGUGAAUGGAAAACCUGAGCUUUAUUGUGAUGCAUCAUUCAUAGGACUUGGGGUAGUUCUGCUCAUUGGUGGAGUAGUUGUUGAAGACGCAGCAUGGCUACGACCAGCAAGUGACACACACCAUAUCAAUAUAAGUGAAGUGGAUUCGAUACUUCGAGGACUAAACUUAGCUAGAUGGUUAAACGCAGUUUUGAAGGAAGAAUAUCGCGUAACAUCUAUUGGAAUUUCUCAGUUGUUAGUACAAAGACGGUUAAAUACUAGUAAGGAAGUGGCAAAAGGUAUCCAGAUUGUAGUACAAUGGAUUCCAUCCGAAAUAAAUUUGGCUGAUCGACUCUCACGAAUCCCUCAAAAAUGGUGCAGAACAGUGUGUGCAGUUGGAUUACCUGAACAAAAAGACAAUUGGAAAAUUCAUUCGAUUGGUCACUUUGGUGUCGCUCGAACAUUACAACUUUGCUUGCGAAAUAACCAGUAUGUAUCACGUAAGGAGGUUUCAGCAGUAAUAGCAAAUUGUAACCAGUGCAACUCCAUCGAUCCUUACUCCGUACAGUGGAAGCAUGGUCAACUAAGCGUAGAAAAAAAUUGGAAUCGGGUUGCCAUUGACGUGAGACAUGUAGGUGCUGAACUGUACUUAUCGAUGAUUGAUUGUGGUCCAUCAUGA